UGUAAUCAGCAGUGUAGUGAGCGAGCUAGAGAGGCUGCUCAGUCACGAUUAAUUAAAAAAAGUAAUUAGUUUAAUUCUUCAAAAUGUACAUCAUCUCGAACUUAGUCAAAGUAACGAUACCCAACUAUUUAUCUGGAUUACCCAUCCCUGAUUCCUUUGGGGGUUGGUUUCGCCUUGGAGUGAAGGACUGGCUUGCUUUAAUUCCACCUGUAGUUGUGGUGGGAGGCAUUUCAUACUACUCUUAUGAUACCAUCAAGAAAGCCCGAGCUGGUAGCAAUGGACGAGUCAAUGAAUGUGUGCGAAAGGAUCUAAACAAAGUUGUUGAUUUUAUUGAUAUUGAAGAUAUUACUGAGAAGGUGUCUCUGUGCCGCUGUUGGAGAAGCAAAAAUUGGCCGUACUGUGAUGGUGCUCACGGUACCCAUAACAAGGCAACUGGUGACAACACUGGCCCAGUUGUAAUUAAACAUAAGGAAAACAAGUGAGCAAUAAGAACAAAAUAAAUGUCAAGUAACAAGGUGAUAACCGAAUGUGAUUAUAUUUAUUGCAGAAAUUGUUACCAUAUUAAAAUAUGUAUAAAUUGAAAUAAUUUACAGUACCUUAUAAAUCAUCAAACUAUUUG